AGCUGUCCUGCAAGGGCGGUGAAUGAAAUAAAUUCCACGCAGACAACACGCAAAGCAAAGAAAAGAGAAGAAAGGCGAACCGUAAGAGUGGUUGGAUGAUUCCACGCUUUAGACACCGACUAAUCAGCAAACUUGGAUUAUAUUUUUCUUCUGAUUAGCGAACAUGAAAUCUUCCUUUCUUACGCGUAAGGGCCAUUGGAACCAACACCAUUCACUGAAAUCUUAUAAAUACCUCAACGCCCUCUUUAUACAAACCAUUUUCGAGUUAUUCCAAGCAUUCGUCUAAGGUACAUAAAUUAAAGGUAUGGAAGAUUCCGUCGAAGUAAGUCUAAAUGAAGCAAAAGAAGAGAAGAAUAUGAUUGAAUUGGACGUGAAGAAUGAAUCAAAGGAAGAAGAGAAAGAAAAGGAUUUAGAAGAUAAAUGUGGGGAAGGCGAGGAGAAGAAAAAGAAGGAGAAGGAUAAAAAGAAAAAGAAAAAGGAUGAUGAAAAUGGUGCAGAUGAUGAUGGUGAUGAGGAGAAAAAGGAGAAGAAGAAAAAGGAAAAGAAGGACAAGGUAAAAGAUGAUGAAGGUGAGGAUGGUAAUGAGAAGAAAAAGGAAAAGAAGGACAAGGAUAAGAAAAAGGAAAAGAAAAAGGACGAUGGCAAUGAAGAAGCAGAUAAUGAUGAUAAAAAGAAGAAAAAGGACAAGAAGGAGAAAGAGAAGGAUAAGAAGAAAGAAAAGAAGGAAGAUAAUGAAGAAGAAGAAGUGGAUAAUGAUAAAAAGAAGAAAAAAGACAAGGAGAAAGAGAAGGAUAAGAAAAAAGAAAAGAAGGUAGAUGAUGAAGAAGAAGUGGAUAAUGAUGAUGAAGAGAAUAAGAAAAAGAAGAAAAAAGAUAAGAAGGAGAAAGAGAAGAAGGAUAAGGAGGUCAAAGUUGAAGUUGCUUCAAAGGAGAUUGAUAUAACAGAGAAUGAGAAGGAAUGCAAGGAAGAGAAGGGUGAUGAGAAAGAUGCUAAAGAGAAGAAGAAGAAGAAAGAGGACAAGGAGAAGAAGAAAAAGGAAAAAACCAAUGAUCUAAGCACCUUGAAGCAGAAGCUUGAAAAAGUUAAUGUCAAAAUACAAGCACUCCUUGAAAAGAAGGCAGAUAUAGAAAGGCAGAUAAAAGAAUCUGAAGCUGAGGGCAAUGUUAUCACCCAGAAAGAGAAGGAUGUGGUAUAAUGGUAAAUUUCAACCUUUGUUUGUAAUCCUGUAUGUACAUAUAUGUUGUCGAUUCACACUUCAGAAAUUACUGAAUGAGAUGUGUAUCUAAGUUAAAUGAGGUUCACGUCCUAUUCAAUAGUUGUAUAAUGUAAUACUAUAUGUGCAUAUAUGUUGUCGACUCAUACUCCAUUCACUAUUAAACGAGAUAUGUAUCCAAUUCAAAUGAAAUUCACAUCCUAUUCAAUAGUGGAUGAAAUGUGAGUUGAUACAGUUUUUUCACACAUAACAUCAUUUACACAUAAUGCUUUUUCCAUAAUGUAAUAAAAUUGUCUUAUGAUUUGACUGAAAAUUUGUCAUAUAUGGUAUAGAUGGGGAUUUCCUUCCCCAAUUAACCCUUUCCCAGCCUGUGGUGGCUCUGUGCUCUUUUUGCUGCGUCUUCUGUGUCUACUCUCAUUAAGUGAUGAUGUUGAUCAAUGUGAAAUCUAAUAACAUACUCUAUUUAAGCAUAAGAAUUCGAAGAAUAAUCAAGAGAAAUUAGUGACCAACUCAGAGCAGACAAGAACAAGAACAAACUUGUUUGUAGGAAGGACCUUUGGCUCAAUCUCUUAAGUCUUCACACUUUGGAAUCAAAUCUUCUCCAUGGAGUGUUGAAAGGCGCUCCUAAAGAACAACUCAUAACAAAGAUUGGAUAGAGUCAAAAUUGCCACAAUGUUCCACAACCUCUACAAUGCUUAGGAUAGUGCUUGUUUAGGGAAAGCUUUGGUACUAUUACAACUAAAAAAACGAGAGAUAACCUUAACUCUCUGCUUCUCUAUUCAUCAAAGCUUUGCAUCUUUUACUCUUUCUCUUCUCAGCAAGUUUCUGGAGUGCA